AUGAAUAUGGAUGGUGGGGCAGACAUAAAGCCCAUGAAAAAGAAGGAUGCCACAGACCAGUAUCAGAAACUCACCCAGCUUGAGCACAUCAUAAAACGUCCCGACACAUACAUUGGUUCAGUCGAGCGUGCAACAGAGAUAAUGUGGGUCUUCAACACAGAGACAUCGCAGAUGGAACUUCGAAAGGUGUCCUUCGUUCCUGGUCUCUAUAAGAUUUUUGAUGAAAUCCUUGUCAAUGCUGCCGAUAAUAAGCAGCGCGAUUCGAGUAUGAAAGUCAUCAAGGUUACUGUAGACCGUCAAAAUGGACAAAUUAGUGUCGAAAACGACGGAGCUGGUAUCCCCAUUGAAAUCCACAAGAAAGAAAAGAUAUACAUCCCCGAGAUGAUCUUUGGCCACCUCUUGACUGGAUCCAACUACGAUGAUGAUGAGGAAAAGACUACCGGUGGUCGAAAUGGUUAUGGUGCCAAGCUUUGCAACGUCUUCAGUACCGAAUUCACACUAGAGACACAGGACUCCAACUCUGGCAAGAGAUACAAGCAAACGUGGACCGAAAACAUGAGCAAGAUGGGAAAGGCCAAGAUCACAUCCAGCAAAUCAUCUGAUUUCACCCGAGUAACCUUUACUCCUGACUAUGCGCGAUUCAAGAUGGAUGGUAUCGACGACGACUUCGAAGCCCUGGUUAAGCGCCGAGUCUACGACAUGGCAGGAACUGUCAAGGGCGUCAAGGUGUUCCUCAAUGGCGUUCCGAUCAAGUUGGACUUCAAGAAGUACAUCGAAAUGUACGCCAAGGCCAUCGGCAAGGAACGCGGCGUCGAGGAAGGUGGAGAAGCAGCUGUCAACUCAGUUAUUAUUGAGGAUUCAAAGGCACACGAUAUGAAGUGGGAGAUUGGUUUUGCAGUCUCUGAUGGAUCUUUCCAGCAAGUGUCCUUCGUCAACUCCAUUGCCACAACUUCUGGCGGGACACACGUCAACUACAUUGCAGACCAGAUUUGCGAAAAGCUCUUGGAAGUUGUGAAGAAGAAGAACAGCAAAGGUGCUGCCUUGAAAACCAGCCAAAUUAAGAACCACAUCUUCCUCUUCGUCAACUGCUUGAUCAUCAAUCCGGCCUUCACUUCCCAGACCAAGGAGCAGCUGACCACCAAGCCAAAGGCGUUUGGCAGCAAAUGUGUUCUGACAGAAGCUUUCUUGAAGAAGAUUGGCCAGACCGACGCGGUCCAAAACAUCUUGAAUUUCCAGCAAGCCAAGGCUGACCAGCAGCUGGCGAAGAGUGACGGUAACAAGCGAUCGCGAAUGAACAACCCCAAGCUCGUCGAUGCAAAUCUUGCUGGUACUAAGCGUGGCCACGAAUGUACCUUGAUUCUGACUGAGGGUGAUUCUGCCAAGGGUCUCGCUGUUGCAGGCCGAGCAAUCUUGGAUCCUGAUCGCAUCGGUGUUUUCCCUCUUCGAGGUAAAUUACUCAAUGUUCGAGAUGCCAGUGUCGACCAGAUCUCAAAGAAUGCCGAAAUUCAGAAUAUCAAGCAAUUUCUGGGUCUGAAGCACAAGCAAGUCUAUAAGGAUACGACUGGACUUCGAUAUGGACAUCUCAUGAUCAUGGCUGAUCAGGAUCACGAUGGCUCUCAUAUCAAGGGUCUUCUGAUUAACUUCCUCCAAGUUCAAUUCCCUAGCUUGCUCAAGCUUCCAGACUUCUUCCGAGAGUUUAUUACUCCCAUUGUCAAAGUCUGGAAGGGACCAAAUCCGAAGAAGCCUAUUAGCCCAAAAUCCUUCUUUACUCUGCCCCAGUACGAGGAGUGGAAGGAGCGACACACCAAUGACAAAGGCUGGAAACACAAGUACUUCAAGGGUUUGGGUACCAGUUUGCCUGAAGAUGCUCAGAUCUAUUUUAGCAAUUUGGAUGACCAUCUUCGUGAGUUCGAGACCAUGAAGCCGGAAGAAGAGGAAAUGAUCGAUCUGGCUUUCUCGAAGAAGAAGGCCGAUGCACGCAAGCAAUGGCUUGGAAACUUCCUUCCCGGAACCUAUCUCGACCAUUCCACCAAGACUCUCACCUAUAACGACUUCGUCAACAAGGAAUUGAUCCUCUUUAGUAUGGCCGACAAUCUCCGUUCUAUCCCGUCAGUCAUUGAUGGGUUCAAGCCUGGACAGCGGAAGGUUAUGUAUGCUUGUUUCAAGCGCAAUCUCACCCGCGAUAUGAAGGUCGUCGAAUUGGCUGGUUAUGUCUCCGAAAAUACAGCAUAUCACCACGGUGAAGCAUCCAUGCAUAUGACUAUUAUUGGCCUCGCACAAAACUUUGUGGGCUCGAAUAACGUCAAUUGUCUUGAACCUAGUGGAUCUUUCGGUUCUAGACUUGCUGGAGGAACCGAUGCUGCAUCGCCUCGUUACAUCUUCACUCGAUUGUCCCCAUUUGCUCGCCGGGUGUUCUCCUCCCACGAUGAGCCCAUCUAUGAACACAAUGUUGAUGAUGGCCGACUCAUCGAACCAACAAUGUACUGUCCGGUCAUUCCCAUGGUUCUCGUCAAUGGGGCCGAUGGUAUCGGCACUGGCUGGAGUACUACCAUUCCAAACUACCACCCUGUUGAUAUCGUCAACAAUCUAAAGCGUCGCAUGGGCCGAUUGGAUGGCGAUUCGGAAGAGAAGCCAUUCACGACUAUGAUUCCUUGGUUCCGAGGCUGGAAGGGAACUCCCGAAGAAGCCGGACCUAAUCGAUACUCCUUCAAUGGUGUCAUCAAGGAAGUCGGAAACAACGAAGUCGAAAUCACUGAAUUGCCAAUCCGCAUGUGGACUGAUGAUUUCAAAGCCAAAUUGGAGGACAUCAUCAAGGGGGAGAAGGUCCCUUCAUUCAUCAAGGACUACAAAGAAUACAACGACCACAAGAGUGUCCAUUUUGUGAUCCAGAUGGAUGAGAAGCAUAUGAAGGCUGCACUUACUGAUGGUCUUUCUGAGAGAUUUAAGCUCAACAAGACCGUUGCAACUUCUAACUUGGUUGCGUUUGACACUAGAGGCCAAAUUCGGAAGUAUGAGAAGGUCGAAGAUAUCUUGGAGGAGUACUACGUUUACCGCAUGGCCAUGUACACGAAGCGCAAGGCAUAUUGGUUGGCCAAGAUCAAUACCGAAUAUCGCAAACUCAAGAAUCAAGCUCGUUUCGUCAUGGAAAUCAUCGAAAACAAGCUUGUCGUUUCGAAGAAGAAGAAGCCCGUUCUUGUUGCUGAGUUGCGAAAGCGUGACUAUGAAGCCUUCCCGAAGGUCACUGGAGCCCAAAAGGCUGGCGAGACUGAUGAUGUCGUCGAGAACGAAGAGGAGGUGGCUGCCGACGAGGAUUCAGGUGCUAGAGAUUUUGAUUAUCUUCUCGGAUUACCAAUCUGGUCUCUCACUCAAGAGCGUGUUGACAAGCUAAAGAAUCAAAUGGUUAGCAAGAAGGAGGAGUAUGAUGCUUUGGAGAAGCUCAGUGAGAAGGAUCUGUGGUGCCAAGAUCUCGAUGCCUUCGUUGCAGAAUGGGAAUUGCAACUGAAGGAGGAGGCAGACUACCAAAAGUCAAUCCGCAACACGAAUCGUCGGGCAUCUCGCAAGAUUGGAGCAGGAAAGAACGUUACUGGCCGAGGUCGUCCGAAGCAAGAUGAGGAGUACAAUCCCAAACCUGCCAAGUCGGGUCCGUCCAAGGUUGUCAAGGUCGAGCAGAAGCCACAUCAACGAUUCCUCAGCAUGUUUGAGAACAAGCCGAAGCCUAAACCAAAGGCAAGCCCUAUGGGAUCCGAUGGUGCUGAAGAUGAUGAAGUCUCGGGAAUGUCUGAUGGCGAUUUCGACAUGCUCAGAGCCGACAAAGGUAAACCUGCCGCUGAAAUCAAGGAAGGCUCCAGAGCACCCAGCGAGCAACCUGCGAAUGGCCGUGUCAAGCGUGCUGCUGCUGCGGCUCCCAAGAAGUGGAUCAUCGAAGAUGAUGAGUCCGAGAGUGAGGGCGGUGGAGAAUUUGACGUCGGCGAUAUGGUCAAGGGUAUCGGUGGAGCAGACCUCGUGGACACCAACGGCCAAAACGGACGUCUCUCCCUCUUUGCCAUGUCGCGGCCAGGUAGCAGCCAUGGUCGUGCAACCAGCGAGGCCUUGCCAAAGCUGAAGUCGAAGCCCAGCAAAAAUUUCUUCAACUUGAGUGACGACGAUGAUGCCGCUGAUGAGACAAACUACGAAAUGCUUGCCAAGUCCUCUCCCAACAAGACAGCUGCCGCCAAGAAUACCCUUGACAGCUACCUCUCCGACAGCGAUGACUUGGCGGUGGUGCCAGUUACCAAGAAAGUCCCUGUGAAGGCUGCUGCGCCCGUCGCAAAAUCAAAACCAGGACGACCGAAGAAGGCACCCGCUCCGAAGGCUGUCGAAGCUGCCCAAACCAAGCCGGCCACCCUUUCUCCUGCAGCCAAGGCGUAUGCUGCCAAGCAAAAUAAGAUGAAGCUCCCCGCCAAGAGAAAUGUCAUUAGUGACGACGAAGAUGAAGACGUCGGUAUGGAGGAAGCUGACUCCCCGGCUCCCAAGCCAGCCGUAAAGGCCCGAGGCCGCCCUCCACGUGCUGCGGCAGUCUCCAAGCCGAAGAAGCCCAUCUAUAUCGACUCGGAUGAUGAUGAGAUGGACAUUGAUGACAAUGACGAAUCUGCCCUGGUCGACGAGGCCAGCGAGGAUGACUUUGAUGAUAGUGAUUAA